AAAUUUGCACGAUAUACACGCAUAGGGUAGAUUAAUAAGUAUUAAAUAUAUGUAUAGAUAAGUGUAGAUAGGUAGGUAGCGAAUAAUAAGAAUAAUGCUCUUUUUGUUGUUCGUUUGCAAAACAGUCAAAAACGUUUUGCAAAUGUGCAUCAAGAGGAUGAUGUUAAUGAAUAAAAGUAAAAAUUUGCAUAAAUGGAGGGUGGAUAGGAUGAGGCAGGGUGGGUCUCCACCCGCAGUAACCUCUCCCUGGUUGAGACCUGGGCUAUCGUUAUUAUUUGAUGACUAAUUAAUAACUGUGUCAUUAUUUCUAUGGUACGUUUAUUAAUUAUGCAGGAAAUAAUGGUGAUGUAGUAUAGCAUGCUGUUAGUUGGAUGCAAUAAUUGAGAUGGCGCUUGAAUCAGUUUCUGUUCAGUUAUGGGCUGUUUUACCGACGCAGAAUUCCGAGUUCGGCCUCCACGCUAGCAUCACUGUAUCUUGUUUAUUGAGCGUAACUAACUUCACUGUAUAUAUAAACGUGAAAUUUGUAAUCAACCAUACUACGCUUUUGUUUGAAGCGGUGUAUAAUUUAAACGCUGCCACACAUUUUUUAAGCGUAUUGGCAUUAUAAAUUAAACAUAAAUUACCAUGUUGUGUAGUUUGAUGUCGAUAAAACAGAAAUACGCUGCAAAGAUUUAAUACUUAUACAUAUAGUAUGUUGAAUUAUGUAAAAAUUAUAAAUCAUUUUAAUUACCACACAACGAAGUACAUACAUAAUAAAUAAAAAUUAACCAAAUCUGCUGUCAACAACAACAAAAACAACAAGAACAACAACAACAGCAGUCAACAAUGACAUAUUCUUUUCAGGUUCUAGCAGUUUUUGACGAAAAUUGUCGACAGAAAUUAUUUAGUAACUAAAGAAGACGGAGGGGAGAGUAAACGGAAAAAAUGGAAAAUUUAGAGGAAGUAUUGCAGGCAUUAGACGAGUUUCAGAAAAUGCGUCCAAGCGAAAUACCUCGAGAACUCGAGGACUAUUUGUGUUGGGUCGCAAAAACCGGCGAUCCUGUUUAUCAGUGGUCGCUAAUAAAAACUCUAUUUAGAGAAAAACUUACUCGCGUAAUGACUGAUUUUUACGAAAGCUGUCCGACACUUGAUCUUGCACCUUGUCCAAACGUCGAACAUUUCAAUUACGACACUAUGAAAAGCAAUCUUUUGGAGCGUUUAGAAUCAUUUGCAAAUGCUCCGUUUACUGUUCAACGAAUUUGUGAGUUAUUGACAGCACCGCGUAAGGAGUAUAAUAGAGUUGACAAAUUUAUGCGAGCUAUUGAAAAGAAUAUCUUGGUUGUUUCUACCAGAGAACCUGGACCGACAGCUCGAAGAAACGAAAACGGAGACGGUAUGGUCAAUGGAUCUGUCGAUGAAGAUACGUCGGUAACGCAACCUCCUCAGGAUGUAGAAAUGGAAUAUUGGGAAAAAGACUGUUCUUCCACCGUUACAAUUAGCGUACAUACAGUUGAAAACGAAACACCAUUGUUACAAACCGUUGUACCGACUACUACAGUAGUAAAAAAUGUGUUUGACACAGAAGAGAUAUCUCACGAGAAAGUCGAAUCAACUUCAAAAUCAGACAACGUUGUAUCUAAUUUUAUACCAACAACUUCAGAGUUUACUAGCGCUCCCAAUUUAACUUGUUCGCCGCAAACACAGAAUUCACAGAUAGAACCUACGAUGCAGAAUUUAUCUACCAUGGUUCCUGAAACUUCUGGAAUUGUCAGUGACGUUUCAGAAGCCAUCAUGAACGAGGAUACUAGUUCUCAGCCUAGUUUAGAAUUGGAAAAUGAUGGAGGUGAAAUUACGGAUUCCACGCGAAAGUUACAAACUACCUUUCAGACGAAAGACUUCAGUUCGAACGAAAGUAAGUCAUUAAAAUUUUAUGUAGAUAAUUCUAAAGCAAACGGAAAAACAGAAGUUGGCUCACGUGUAUCAUCGGUACACCUAGAAGAAGAGUCGAGUAAAGUUAACGACGUAUGUACGAUGAAAUCAGAUAUCGAAUCUAAAACAGUACCCAACAGCAAAGAAUCGAACGAAAAUUUACAAAAUGCAGCAAAGUUGAGUAGUAAUCGGGUAGAAGAAGUCGAAACAGUUACUCAAAAUACGCACGAUCCAACCAUAGAGGACAAAGAAAAAGUAGUAGAAUCUUUAAAGAAUUCCAAUAUAGAAGAUACAUUAUCGAAAGACAAUUUAGAGAAACCUACCGACGAUGUAAGUUUGAUUGCAGAUAAUACGAGUACAGAGGAAAAUCCGUCUGGAAAUAGUUCCGAGGAUAUGCCUGUAGAUGUGGAAAAUUUAAAAGAUCAUAACAAAGAAACAGAAUCGACAGAAUCGAUCGAUUCUAAAUCUAUCGUGGAAGAUUCAUCUUCCAAAGAUAAUACGACAGAGAAUUUUAAUUCCGAUCAAGAAGAAAAUAAUUUAACCAUAACGAAAGCUAUAGAAGAUGAAACUAGAAUAAUAAAAUCCAUAGUACCUGAUCCAAUUUCUAUUAUCGAAGAAUCAAAAGACACGACGGAGACUAUUAACGAGAUAAAAAUAGAAGAGGAGGAUACUUCGUCGAUCAUUGAAAUAUCAGAGAAUUUAGAAAAUCGAAAUCCUGUAGCAACAAGUCAAUCUAGAAACGAAAAUAAAAUGUGCGUUGAAGAUAAUCAUGUAACAGAAUUGGAAGGUAAUGAUAUUACUACUACUAAUACUACCGCUACUGCUACUACUACUGUUACUGCUACUACUACUACUACCACCACCACUAUUGCUGCUGCUGCUGCUGCUGCUGCUACUACUGUUACCGCUACUACUACUACUGCUACUACUACUACUACUAUUACUACUACUAGUACUACUACUACUAUUACUACUAUGAUUGAAACUAGUGAUACAGUAAUAGAAAAUACAACAAGUAGAAAAGUACAGGAACCGGUAGAAUUAAUGGAUGUAGACGAAGAAGAAACGUUAUCGGUAUUUGAACAGAGUGACGAACCAAUGGAGCAAGAAGCAGCACAAUCAUCUAGAAGUUAAUAAGAAGUGUAAGAAACAGGUUCUAUUACAUUAUAUUUAUAAUGCUUGAUUUUUAUUUAAACAGGAAACGUAAAGAAAUACUGAACGAAACAAAUUUAUCCUUAAUAUAAGAAGAAAAUCUUUAUUGUAUUUUGAAUAUGAUUUUUCUGAUCUUUAUAAAAUUGCAAAAGGUUAUCUAAUUAUAUAUUAUUUACUACUUUAUUAAUUUCAUAAUUGCAACUAAAAUCAAGUUAAUUUGGUAUUGUACAGAACUUGUUCAUAUGAAUUUCUAAGCUCCUGUAGAAAGCAAAACACUGCCUAUUCCCAGAACAUUAUAAUAGUAACGACCAGCUUUGACCACGGUUUGGGUUUCAACUCAAAUCAGUUUGUAAAAAAGAAAAAAAAAAGAAAAAUUUGAUCGUGAAUUUAUACAGACGAAAGUUUUUACUGAUUAGGAUGUGACUGACUAUGGCUCAUGACCGGAGCGUAUGAAAUCGGUAGACCGAGGCUACCUAACUAAUAUAUGUACACUGUGCGAUAGUUUCAUAAAGAAAAUAUAAUAAAUACGCAGUUGAAAA